CAAUUGCAAUUGUCAUUUGUUAAUAUGCGCUAAUUUUGUAUUUAAUAAUUCCUGAUGAAUAGAAAUAACCUGACCAAAGUUAUAAAUAAUUUAAUUUACAAAUUAAUGAAUAGGCAAGAAUAAUACUAUGGCGGGCAGAGGAAGAGGUCGGGGUAGCAAUACCUCGCUUACACAAGAGCAGAUGCAGGCUCUUGGUAUUGCGCGAGGAGAUAAUGCACCACAAAUUUUGGCUCCACCACCUCUAUUUCCAAAAUUAGAAACAAAACCUCUUCCAUUAAACAGUGACGCCGCAACAGACUAUAUGGUUAUUGUAAAGGAUCAAUUUAUAGAAUACUUACAUGAAUCACCCGCCUAUGUGAAAGCAAACAGAGAAACAGAUGGAAUUGAAAGAUAUUCUGAUAAAUAUAAGUUGUUAGCCCUAGACGCCAAUAAAGGAAGGGUAUUGGAUUGUGUUUGGGCUAAUUUCCCCCCUGAACUCAGACCACAAGCGAGUCGCAUGCGGCCAUCUCGAAAACGAAAGUUGGACGAUUUCAAAGAUAUAGAAAAACGUUUACAAUUAUUAGAGAAAAAAGAAACACAGGAGAACACCAACGAGAUGAUGGCCACAGCUGGUGAUGGCAACAAAAAACAAGAUGAUAUAGAUGAAGAUUUAGAAGAUGAAGAAGAACAAGAAGAUGAAAUUGAUGAUGGUACAGAUUAUGCAAAUAACUACUUUGAUAAUGGUGAAGACUAUGAAGAUGAGGAUGAUAAUCUUGAUGAUGAUCCAGUCUAUUAGCCUACAAAAAAGGAAUGAAAAUUGUGAUACUUUUUAAAAAUAUAUAUUUGUUAUAUUCUAUGUUC